AUGGUACUUGGAGCACGGGUUAGAAGUCACCAGGAUUUACCAAGUGGUCGAGUACACACCCGUUCCUUGUUUCCAGCCCUUUGGAGAAGCUGUCUCCGACGCCAGGCGUGCUGGGAUGUGGACCCGAACAAGGCUAUUAUCGCAGAUACAAUGAAAUUAGUAAGUAUGAUUUCAUUUGUACAAGCAUUUUGCCACUUAUUUUCCUUAUGCAAACCUUGUUAAUGUUCUGAUACAUUAUUUAUUAGGUCGGGAAUUCCAGUUACGGGAAGACGAUCACGGACCAAGAACGCCACAGAGAGGUUAAGUUCUGCGAAGAAACAAAGGCCUCACGGCUUAUCAACACACCCUUCUUCAGACAGAUUGACCGGAUCGAAGAGAACACUUAUGAAGUCCAGUCUUGCAAGAAAACGGUCAAGUUGAAUCUACCCAUGCAAAUCGGUUUUUUUGUUUACCAAUAUGCUAAACUCAGAAUGCUUCAGUUCUAUUUUGAUUUCAUGGAUAAAUAUCUUGAUCGUAGUGGAUACAGACUCUGCCUAUAUCGCGAUCGCGGGUCCAUCAGUUGAUAGUUUAGUAAAAUCAGAGUUAAGAGAGGAAUUUGAAGCAGACAAGGCCAAUUGGUUUCCACGAACCGACACUCCAGAACACAAAGCUUAUGACAAAAGAACACCAGGUUUAUUUAAGGAAGAGUGGUCAGGGGCAGGAAUAAUUGGUCUAAGUAGCAAGACCUACUAUUGCUUUGGGGCCUAUGAUAAGUUCAGUUGUAAAGGGGUUAACAAGAAAACAAACGACAUUAACAAAGAAAAAUAUCUUAAUGUUCUGUUGACCAAACAAAGCAGUUCAGGACUAAAUAAAGGUUUCCGUGUAGUCAACAAUAGCAUGUAUACUUAUGAACAAGUUCGAGAUGGGUUUUCCUACUUUUACCCCAAAAGAAAAGUGUUGGAGGAUAGAGUUACCACUAUGCCUCUAGAUAUAUAA